UCCAGAAAUGGAAAUCGACAUCCCAUGCUACUUCCUAUGUCCAAUCUCAAUGCAGCUGAUGAAAGAUCCGGUGACGAUUCCGAGCGGCAUAACCUACGACCGUGAAAACAUCGAGAAAUGGCUCUUCAUAUGCAAAAACGCCACUUGCCCCGUCACCAAACAGCCCAUCCCAUCCCCAGACCUCAUUCCGAACCACACGCUCCGCCGCCUCAUCCAGGGCUGGUGCACUCUCAACGCCCUCGACCGGAUCCCCACCCCCAAGCCCGCCGUCGACCGCCCCCAAAUCCUCAAACUCCUUCACGAGGCCGAAAACUCCCCGGAUUCAAAGCUCCACUGCCUCCGCCGCCUCAGAUCCAUCGCCCACCGAGACGACACCAGCCGCCUCCACCUCCAGGCCGCCGCCGUCGGCUUCCUCUCCGCCGUCGUCACAGGAAACUCCGACGCCGCCGCCAGAGACGAAGCCGUCGACAUCCUACACAAGAUCAAUCCAUCCGAUUCAGAUUUAAAAAAACUAACGGCGUUUAACGACGUCAGAUUUCUAGACUCGUUAACGCAGGUCAUGGAUAACGGCAGUUACCAAUCCCGCGCUCACGCCGUUAGUUUAAUGAGAUCCGCAUUCUCGGUAGCGGAUCCGGAUCACCUGAUCGGGAUUCGACCCGAAAUUUUCGGCCACGUGGCGCGGAUCAUAGCCGAUGAUAUCUCGGCGGAGGCGACGAGGUCGGCGCUGAAGCUGCUGGUGGAGGUGUGCCCGUGGGGAAGGAACCGGGUGAAGGCGGUGGAGGGGGGCGCGGCGGGGGUGCUGAUCGAGGUGCUGCUGGGGACGAAGGAGAGGAGAGUGUGCGAGCUGGCGCUGGCGGCGCUGGAGCAGAUCUGCCGGUGCGCGGAGGGAAGGGCGGAGGUGGUGAGGCACGGGGCGGGGGUGGCGGUGGUGUCGAAGAAGAUUCUGAGGGUGUCGAACGCGGCGAGCGAGAGGGCGGUGAAGAUAUUGGGGGCGAUUGCGAGGCAUGGGGCGAGCGGGAGGGUGGUGCAGGAGAUGCUGGAGGUUGGGGUGGUGGCGAAGCUGUGCUUGGUGUUGCAGGUGGAGGCUAGUCAUAGAAACAAGGAGAGAGCUGCAGAAAUUUUGAGGUUGCAUUCUAGGGUUUGGAGGAAUUCUUCUUGCAUUCCUUCUCAUUUGAUCUCUUCUUAUCCUAAUUCUUAGCUUCUUUUUUCUUCUGGCGUUUCAUUUCUUUGGGCUA